AUCGCCCUUGCCUCCCCCCACCACGUUCAGCCGACCUUAUACGGAGCCUGCGAGGCUGCCGGUCGCUUACCAUGUCCCGCACGCGCUUUCCGAUAUCGCGCACGCCGAGUACGGCGCCUACGACCCCGGGAGCCCUUCUGAGACCAGAUGGUUCGGUCAACGAUGAGGCCACGGGAAUGCUACACGACAUUGUGCACCACCACGAGCGCACCGAUGUGACCAUAGUCGAAGAGGAGACCCCUCGCGAGAGCAAGGACGGGCGUCCCUGGUACAAGAGGCCGAGCCCGUGGUGGAUCUUGGCGAUUAUACCGUUCACGACGAUGGCCAUGUCUGGCACCCUCGCUCCUAAGAUUGAGAUAUACACGCGCCUCGUGUGCCGCGUGCAUAGGCCCGACCUCUUCAAGGACACCUAUCACUACGAUCCUGCUACUACAGAGGGCAUACUGGGCAAACCCAGGCCCGCGAACGGCAUGAUUGACCCCCAUGAUACCUUCCCUCAUCCCGUUGCACGCGAAACCGUCCUUCAUUUUGCCGCUGACGAAGGCGAGGAGGGCCCUACGAAACCGACAUGCGCUUCAGACCCUCUCGUACAACGGAUCGUCGCUCAGCUGUCUGCUGCCAUGACCCUUUCCAUGGGCGUCCUCGCCUGUCUCACUACUGGCUGGUGGGGAUCGUUUUCUGACCGGCAUGGCAGGCGUUCCGUUAUGGGCAUUUCCGUCUUUGGGUUACUGCUCACAGACCUUAUCUUCAUCUUCGUUACGCUAUACCCGGAUACCCCGCCCGGCGGGUAUUGGUUCCUUGUCGUUGGCCCGCUGGUCGAAGGCACGCUAGGCGGCAUGACGGCAGCCAGUGCUGCUAUGCACGCAUAUCUCUCCGAUACUACCAAACCGGCUGAGCGCGCACGCUCCUUCUCCAUGUUUAUGGGCAUGCUUUUCAUCGGUGUCGCAUUCGGCCCCACUCUCGGUGCCCUCCUCAUUCGCGAGGCCGGUCUCAUCUACAUUUUCUUCGUCACCACGAUCGUUCACAUCGCGUACACGCUCUAUGUGUGGUUCAUUCUGCCCGAGUCCGUCUCGAAGGAGUCACAGCAUGCGUCGGCGCUACAAUAUCAGGAGUCCCUGGAGGUGACUACGCAUGAGCGCCGUGGGUCGCGCAUCCGGGCUCUGCUCAAGCGAAUGAGCGCGUUCUUGACCCCUUUGGCGGUUUUUUACCCUUACCGGACGAAGACGAAUGGAAACCCUUUGAAGGCGCCUACGAGGGACUGGAGUUUGGUCUUCAUUGCCCUUGCGUACGGCUUCACGACGAGCAUCAUGGGCUCGUACAACUAUACAUUCCAGUAUGCCUCGUCAACCUUUGGCUGGUCAUCAGAGCAGCUUGGCUACUUCCUUAGCUCGGUGGGGGCCGUCCGCGCCACUGUUCUCGUUAUCCUCGUGCCCCUCAUUCUCAAAAUAUUCAAACCCGCCCCCGAGACCAUCGAGUUCUAUCAAGACGACGAGAGCGCGCCGCUCCUCAGCCGCCCCGGCGCACCGCGCCCGCAAGUAAUCGUCCGCAAGGAGAUUCACUCCCCCUUGUUCGACCUGCGCUUCGCGCGCGCGUGUUUGGCGGUGGAGGUUGUGGCAUAUUCCUUCAUGGCGCUCGCACGGCAUGCGUGGGCGUAUGUAGGGGCCGCGAUGGGUGCGGCGAUUGGGGCGGCGCUGCCUGCGGCGUUGCAAAGUGUGGCGCUGGAUAUUUAUGUGAGGAGGGGUGGGUCGGAGGCGGGGAAGCUCUUCGGCGCACUUUCCGUGGUGCAGGCACUGUCUUCACAGAUUGCGGGCCCAUCUCUGUUUGCAUUGGUCUACAUGAACACCGUCGCCACCUUCCCCAGCGCCAUCUUCUUUGUCGCCGUCGGUCUCGUCGCCUUUGCCUGCAUCCUCCUCAUCUUCGUCCGUAUUCCGGACCACAAGAAUAGUGUUGGGACGCCUUCGCCUGCCAGUGAGGACGAGGAAAGCAGGAGCGCGUAUGCGGAUAGCCGAAGUACGUCCCCGAUGCCGGAUUUGGGACGCGAGGUGACGCUCGUGGAACUUGGAUCCGAGGAGGAUUUGAAUGCAGUGAGAGGGAGGAAGGGACAGGUGGGAGGGGAGACUGCAUGAGCGCAUAAAAGGAAGGUUGUUGAGAGCCACGCAUGGUUAGUAGAUAAGAUGGACCCUUUGGAAUCUUGCACUUGAUUUAUUUAGAUACGACGUAUAUGUAUCCACCCUUUGCCUACCUUACUCCCUGUUUGCUUGCUGUAUCAGUAUAAUCGUCUUGUGCUGCGCAAUUAGCUUCAAUGGCAUACAAUUGCAACUGUGCAAUAACCAAGUACAAGAGGAUAGACAGUAGGUACACUCGAGAGUCCAUGCCAGGGUAUCCAAUAUAUGCACGCGUAGUACAGGAGGAUUCAGAGGUCCGUGAGUGAGCCAUUUCACACACCAUUGACCUCGUCCGCCGCGGACGACCACCACCGGUAC